AAUUUCUUUAGUAUUGUUUUUUUUAAGUAUCCGUUAGUUUCCUAUUUUCAUCAGUUAAUUAUUUAACUUGACUGUACGAGACCUUCAAUAGUCCCCUCUUUUGUAGGUCAGUCGCCUACAUUUCCCAGAAUUCCACGUCAUCGUUUAUGUGGACUGCACCUCAGCUGCUCUGACGGAGCACCCGACUGCCCAGCGCGUUUUUUGUAGUAAUGCAGUCCUUUCAGUCUUUAUCCCUUUGCGCCAAAAUGAAUAACACGUUAGGCUGAAUCUGCGUGGUUCACGGCGAAGGAAACGGUAACAUGAAAUGGAGAUCACUCGGGCCAGGCCGUCCUUGUAUGGAGAAAUCGCUCAUGGUCUUGGAUUCUGGACAGACCGGUCAGCGGUGCAUGAGGCCGCUGCACAGGGCAGGGCCCUCCAGCUGCAGCAGCUGAUCGAGGGAGGUGCGGCGGUUAACACCGUGGCUGUUGACUCCAUCACCCCGCUCCAUGAGGCGUGUAUACAGGGACAGACCCAAUGUGUCAGACUACUGCUGGACGCUGGUGCGCAGGUGGAUGCUCGUAACAUCGAUGGUAGCACUCCGCUGUGUGACGCCUGUGCAGCCGGUAGCCUUGAAUGUGUUAAGCUACUGUUGGAGUAUGGAGCAACAGUUAAUCCUCCACUGUUCACCUUCUCACCUCUUCAUGAGGCGUGCAUGGGAGGUAAUUCAGAUUGUGUUCAGCUCAUGAUUGAUCAAGGAGCUUUGAUGGAGGCCCAUGACUGCCACUAUGGGACACCGCUUCAUGUAGCCUGCGCCAGGCAACACUAUGACUGCGCCAAAGUUCUCCUCAAUGCAGGGGCAAAUGUUAAUGCUGCCAAGCUGCAUGAGACUGCCCUUCAUCAUGCAGCCAAAACAAAGAACGUUGAUUUGGUUGACCUACUUGUGGAAUUUGGGGGGAAUGUAUAUGCCAGGGACAACCUGAACAAAAAACCCAUCCAGUACACCAGUCUGGGAUCUCCCUGUUACCUCUGCCUUGAGUUCUAUGAGAAUACUCCCCUCAGCCUACAGCAGAUCAGCAGAGUGGCUGUGAGGAGGGCUCUCGGGACAAGAGCACGUGACGACGUUUCCAAGCUGGGCUUGCCCAGUCGCAUCAUAAAUUUUCUCUCGUACAUGCCACCUCCAGUUACUGAACUUUAAUCACUAUGGGAAACUUUAGAUGCAAGUCUAAGAAAGUUCAAUCUGGACCUGUUACGUCUGCUGGCUCUGUGGAUCUCUCUCCAGGAAGUCAUGACAGAAUGUUGAAAUUGGUAGAAAUACAGCACAGAUUAAAAUACCUGAACACUGCCAGACUGGUAGGAUUCACAAAGCUUUCAUUGGAUCAGCUUAAUUUCUCAUUCACUUAAUGCUACAUUAAUAGAUUUUUUUGACUGCAAGGGAACAGUAGGCCAGCCCUUUUAUGCCAUCAGCUUAUGAAGACAUCAUGGCUAAUCUGUUAGCAAACAACUGCCCACUUACACAUCACGCAGACACAGAGCAUCAGUAGUGUCUCACUGGAGUCGUGUUUUUCUGGCCACCAAAUUAAUGUUGACUAGCCGUUCACCUCUGGUUUGGUUCACCAACUCCUCAGAAAAGCCUCCGCCAGCCAUUCAUUUACUUCACCUCUGUCGUUUCACGCUUGGAAGGUAGUAGAAAAGUGGCUGCUCGGGGUGUUUAAGAGAGGUCAACCAUACCGUACUUAUACCAUAGUCUACACGAAGGCCGAAAGACCAGAACACCUAGCUAGUAAAGGCCAUGCACGUCAAUGGUAAACCUACAAAGGUGAUUUGAAUUAUUCUGGCGGAUCAGGUCUCCACUCAGGACUGUGUGGGUGUGUACAGACUCUCCAUCAAGCACAGGCUCUCCUGUUAGCUUUUUGCACUCAGUACAGCAGGAGAAACUACACCUCUAUCAUGCUUAUUAGCGCAUAAAGUCCGGUAACUGCACGAUUCCCGUCAAGCUCAGCUGAAACCUUCAACCGGAGCAUAAGUAUAAUCAGCCACAAAGGCUGAACGCACCUUGAGCUGUUAAUUCUCAGAGGCUUUGGCAACACGACCAACCAUUUCACAUCGAUUGGAGUAAUUUGAGUCAGUGUUAAUGUUUGUAUUUUUUUUCAAGUAUUGCUUUAAAGAAGUAAACUUGUACUUGGCUGGCUCAUCAUGACCAAGUAAGUUUGAACGUAAGUGUGAUUUCAUCAUAGGUCCGGUAAUACUUUGUUUAAGCGUGCGGGAACAUGAGGUGGUUUGAAUAGGAUUGUAUAAUUGUAUUUAUUUGUAUAUAUUCUGUGACUGUUUAUUUUUAAUGUAAAUUUGUAAAUAAUACAGAUGGUUCUAUCGCUAUUAUUUGUGUAAAUAAAUAGACCAAAACCAA